AUGUCGAGCGAACCGCAAAGUCUCCGGGGACUAUUCUCAAAAGCCGAGAGGGCGCGCGAAGAGCUUUCUUCUUCUUACGAAGCCAACAGUCCCACCUACCAGGAAAACCUCGGCGCGACCAUCGCCACCUACGAAGAAUGCCUAAAGAUAUCGGAGCAGGUGUCGUUGUUCAGCCCGAACGAGACUCUAGAAGACAUAUCGUCGUCUGAUCUACAAUACAUGGCGAUAAACUAUCACAUGGCAGAACUCAUACAAAGAAUCUUCAACACUGAUAUAUCAUUUCGAAAACAAAAUCUGCUACGAGCGCGGGGGCACUAUGAGCGAUUCCUCAAGCUCCUAGAUUCCUAUGAUGUGCUUGGCAAGGCGGACGCGAAGCUCUUCGAAGCCUACACGGAAGACAAGGGCAACUUCUCCACCGCUAACACACGGGAUGCCGCAGCAAGACGGGACGCAAAGAUUUCCCGAUUCAGGGAGGAGAAGGAGCUGAAGCGGAAACUCGAGUACCUGCGACAAAAUCCCAAACUUGCCGAACAGGAUGAGCAAGUGGUACGAGAGUUGCAUCUGACUAACCUGGCGUUUAUGGUGCAUCAAACAUUUGCUUCGCUGGAGUCGAUGGCCCAAGAAUUGCACAUCAUCUCGCUGGCUCCACCCGCGCCCCCACAGGGACAGGCACAGCAGGCGCCUGACAGCCGACAGGACGGCAGAGACAAAGACGGUUAUUCUGAGCGCCUGGAUGGUCAGUAUGCUGGGCUGCGGUACUCCGGGCCUAUCUUGAGCGGUGACGGCAAACCCAUGCGGCCUUUUACGCUAUUGGACAGCCGCCAAACCCUGAAGAAGAACGUCUUCCGUCCGGACCACAGUCUACCGACAAUGACGAUAGACGAAUACUUAGAGGAAGAGAAGCGCCGAGGUGGCAUGAUAGAGGGUGGAGGCCCCCAGUCCGAGAUUCAGCCUGAGCCAAAUGAGGACGAUCUUGUUGCAGCAGACGAAGAGACGAUGAAGCAGCGAGCAUGGGACGACGUCAACAUACCCACCAUGUCGUCAAUCAGCCUUCGUCUGCGCGCCUUCCAACGCCCAAUCACAUCCCAAUUGCGCACUUUCACUACCACACCCAGCCACGCAAAGUUGAUGGACACGCCGAAUCCUGCCUCCAACCUUCCGGACCCAUCUGAAAACUCCUCUGCUGCACCAAACGCGAAGAUGCGUUCGGACACGCAAAACACGGAUCACCAGUCUAGUGCCUCUAAAGAUGAGAACAAGAGCGGAGACGAUCAUCCGGCCAAGCAACCAGACCAUCAGGCGCAGCCCACUCGGACGACAGGAAUUGGGGGCGCGACGAAGGUCCAAGGAGGGAAAGAGGGACUAGGUGAGAGAGGAGACAAACAGUAG